UUUCAGGUACCUCUUGCAUCAAUUUUGAUUAGCCUUGUCUUUGUUUUCGGUCCCAUAGAUUGGGAUUUUAGGGUUACACGUUGAAAGUUAAAAGAAAUUGAGAGAAAUUGAGGAUUGUUUGUUCUCCAUAGUUGUGCUCCAUGGAAGACAUAUUAGAACCAGCUGUGAAUCUCGUUGAGAACCUACAUAAGGAAGGCUUCGAUGAAGGCUACGGAGACGGCCUAGUCGCCGGAAAAGAGGAGGCAAAGGAAGUGGGCCUCAAGCACGGCUUUGAGGUGGGCGAGGAGCUCGGCUUCUACCGGGGCUGCGUGGACGUGUGGAACUCUGCAAUCCGGGUCGACCCGACCCCGUUCUCGCUUCGGGUCCAGAAGGGUGUGAAGCAGAUGGAGGAGUUGAUUGAGAAAUACCCAGUUAUGGAACCCGAGGACGAGAGCGUCCAAGAUGUAAUGGAGGCUCUGAGGUUGAAGUUCAGGGCGGUUUGUGCUUCAAUGGGUGUGAAAUUGGGGUAUAAGGGGUAUCCGGGAGCUGCUUCUGAAGCUAAGCAGAUGUCGUAUUCUACUGAUGAGCAGGGAGGAGAGAAAAUGUUGAAGUCGAUGCUUGGUUGCUGCAAGGUAUACAUUUCUGAAAGCAGAAACAGGGCUGCGCUGGAGGGCAUCGAGCGAGCUGCUAAGCUUUUCUCAGAAGCACCCAUUGUCAAUAAGUUUGAAGAUGAGACUUACAACAGAGUUGGUUACACUCUUGUCUCCAAGUUGGCUCCAAAGCCAUCUGAGGAUCCUUGUCCCUUGAGGAUGGCAGUGCUUGCCAUGGUUAAGGCUGCUUUCGAAACCAUCGACCUUGAGAUGCAUUGUGGAAGUCAUCCCCGGCUUGGAGUUGUGGAUCAUAUAUGCUUUCACCCCCUGCUUGGUGCUUCUUUGGACCAAGUGGCUGGGGUUGCAAACUCUUUGGGGGCAGAUGUUGGCUCUAAUCUCCAAGUUCCUACUUUUCUCUAUGGAGCUGCCCAUGAAGAGGGGAGGACACUUGAUUCAAUCAGAAGAGAGCUGGGUUAUUUCAAGCCAACUUCUAGUGGAGAACAGUGGGUUGGGGGGCCAAAAUCAGAAUACUUGGUGCUGAAGCCGGACAAGGGACCCCCUCAAGUGACUCAGGGAAAAGGUGUCAUUGUGAUUGGAGCAACCCGGUGGGUUGAUAACUAUAACGUCCCAGUUUUUUCUACUGAUAUUGCUGCUGUUCGUAGAAUUGCAAAACGAGUGAGUGGCAGAGGAGGUGGACUUCCUUCAGUCCAAGCCAUGGCACUUGCACACGGUGAAUCUGUCAUUGAGGUAGCUUGCAAUUUGUUGGAACCGGAGAAAGUGGGAGGAGAUAGGGUUCAGCUUGAAGUUGAGAGGCUUUCAGAGGAAGAGGGGAUAAGAGUGGGGAAGGGCUACUUCACUGAUUUUUCUCAAGAAAAAUUAAUUGAAAGUUACUUGCAGUCAGGUUGCUGUAUGUAAACUUGUUCUUUCAUGUAUCCUUGUGAGGCUACUGAUUCUUGAAUUGUCCAAUGUAUGAAAUUUGGAUGGUUCUAUUGGCAUUAUAUUUGAAAAUCGCUGAGGCUUUGAUUUGUGUAAA